UUAACCACAUUUGUUCUUAUCGGACUCUGUUGUCUUGUUUGAGAUUAUCAACUUGUUUGUAACUUUAUUUCUGAAUAUAAUUUUUUUAAAUGGGGUUGGUUGGAUUCUUCUUUAGUAAGAAAUAUUAAUAGUUAUUUAUCUAUAGAAAAAAAUUAAAGGGUGAUAAACAUGGUUGUACCAAAGAUGAAAAGAAGGAAAGAAAAUGUAAUGUUAGGAUUUUCAGAGAAGGACUUAUGAAGUUCCAAUUCUCAGGGAAGGACUCUCCGGCCAGUUAUAAAUAGCAACGCUUCAACACAACACUUCAAAUUCAUCUUUUUCUCUUUUCUUUCUUAUUCUCUUUCAUUUUUUCUCAAUACUCUCUCUCACACCCUCAACAUGACUAUCCUCAUUGAUCAACCUGAUUAUUUUGGAUCUGAUGUAGAGGCAAAGACGGUGGCAGUUAAUGAGAGAGAACUUGUGUUGGAUGGUGAAUUUGUUAUACCUCAUGCCAACUCAUUUGGACACACUUUUAGGGAUUAUGAUGCUGAAAGUGAAAGGCGAGAAGGAGUGGAGAACUUCUACAGAAAAAACCACAUUUAUCAAUCCUUUGAUUUUGUGAAGAAAAUGAGAGAGGAAUAUGGAAAAUUGAAUAGAGUAGAAAUGAGUAUAUGGGAAUGUUGUGAACUUCUUAAUGAAGUGGUGGAUGAGAGUGACCCUGAUUUGGAUGAACCACAAAUUGAACACUUGCUACAAACAGCUGAAGCUAUAAGAAAGGAGUACCCAAAUGAAGAUUGGUUGCACUUAACUGGUCUUAUCCAUGAUCUUGGUAAAGUGCUUCUCCUUCCUAGUUUUGGAGGACUUCCUCAAUGGGCUGUUGUAGGUGACACAUACCCAGUUGGUUGUAGAUUUGAUGAAUCCAUUGUUCACAACAAGUAUUUUAAGGAAAAUCCAGACUAUUACAACUCUGCAUACAAUACCAGAUAUGGAAUUUACUCUGAGAAAUGUGGACUUAACAAUGUGAUGAUGUCAUGGGGACAUGAUGAUUACAUGUAUCUAGUGGCAAAGGAGAACAAUACUACUCUGCCUUCAGCUGCUUUGUUCAUUAUAAGAUACCAUUCAUUCUAUGCCUUACAUAGAGAAGGAGCCUAUAAACACUUGAUGAAUGAUGAGGAUGUUGAGAAUCUAAAAUGGCUCCAUGUUUUCAACAAAUUUGAUCUUUACAGCAAGAGCAAAGUUAGAGUUGAUGUUGAAGAGGUGAAACCAUACUAUCUCUCCCUCAUUGAAAAGUACUUCCCUGCAAAGCUGAAGUGGUGAGAUAUUGGAGCCUUGAAGUUGACAAAUAUAUAGUAAGAUAAUUAGUUUAGUAUAUGAAGUAGAGGGAAUAAGUUAUUAUGUUGCAAGUAUCUUGGAUAAGAUUUAUAUGCUUUGAUGGUUGAGGAUUCUUGUAUGAAUUAAUAUUUUCAGUAUCAAAUAGUAGUUAUUAUUUUUAGUAAAUCACCGAAAUGGUACAAGUUCAUACCUUCAACACAUCAACAAAAUCAAUGGUAACAUCACUGAAUUAUCUCUCUUUUUUUCAA